AUGGCGUUCUUCGCAUUUAUGGGCGAUUCACCGUCUCCCAUGACCGACAUUUUCUCGCUCUCAUUUAUGCGGACAUUUCUCGAGACAUCAUUACCUGUCCGUGCUAUAGUCACGACAAUUGGUAAAAUAUGUCUAGAGUAUUCCAAGACGACCGCCUUGGAAAAGAAGCAAAAAGCUGCAGCUUCGAUCAUGGCGCAGGACCGAUCUAAACUCAAAGAGUUCCUUGACGUUCUCACAUCGCCAGGAGGUAGUGAUCAGCACUUGAUGUUGCUAUACGGUAUCCUGUUGGCUUAUGCCGAGACGAUGACUGGCCAGUCAUGGCUUUUCUUCCAGGCCACAAUGACAAAGCUAACGGGGAGUCUCCAAGAGCAAGUACAGCUGUGGAAAAGAACGCCACUUUUAUACUUUGACAAAGGACUACUAAUGAACUAUUCGCUUUUGGCCACAUGCUACUCUCUAGUGUCGUUCGAGGACACCUUUCUUGUCGACGUCGAACUCUACGAUCCCAAGCCUUUUGACAACAUUGAUUCGAUUACUAGCCAAGUCCGCGUCAACUCGGCCAUAUUACACCACUACACAAAGUUCGUUGCAAACUUUGCAAGACUGCAUCACAAGGCAACAAAGUGGGUGCGACAAGCGCGGCACGUUUUAGACAACCGCCAUUUGGCUGCAGAACCGCCGUCACACGAAGAACUUAGGGCGAUGCUAUCAGACGCCGGGCUAUUGCAACAAGGGAUGGAGAUCUUUAAAAGCUCUGCGGCGGCCAUGGACGUGAUGGAAAAUCUCCGUGGAGAGAGAGACGAAGACAGCGACGAAGCGCACAAGACCGAUUUCAGCACCCUGCGCGAGGCAUUCUAUCAUUUCGCGCUCAUGGGUAUCACGCGAACGUUUUGGGACCCAACUUGGAAACUCGUUGACGAGGACUUGCCGCACAUGGCAGACAUGCCGCAUCUCGAGACGCAUGGCUUGUUCGUUCUCGAAAGGCUAGAGCAGCGGACUCCUCUUGUCGGGUUGGAGUCGUGGAGCUAUCUGGUUCCUCUCCUGGGCGUUGCCCUGGAGGCUAGAAGAGACGACAUCAGACAGCGGGUAGAUGUCUUGAUGAAUAGCAUUAUGGACAAAGGCUUUGCGAUCGUUGGGGCAAUGCUGGCCGACGCGAGGAUGAUUUGGGAAAUGGAUUAUAAAUCUAUACAUGAGUGCAUCGGGCCUGUGGCCUGGUGA